GGGCCCGCCCCCAGCCGAGCGGCGCCUCUUAGUGCCCGGCCCGCGCGGAACUGCUCAGUCCCCGGCGCCGCCACCGCCCGCCGCGGGCUCGGGGCCCACCAUGCGCCCGCCACGUCCGCUGCCCGCCCGCUGGCUGUGCGUGCUGGCAGGUGCCCUCGCCUGCGCCCUCGGCCCGGCGGGCGGCUGGGCGGCCAGGCUGCAGCAGGAGUGUGACUAUCUGCAGAUGAUCGAGGUGCAGCAGAAGCAGUGCCUGGAGGAGGCCGAGCUGGAGAACGAGACAGCAGGCUGCGGCAAGAUGUGGGACAACCUCACCUGCUGGCCCGCCACCCCCCGGGGCCAGGUCGUUGUCUUGGCCUGUCCCCUCAUCUUCAAGCUCUUCUCCCCCAUUCAAGGCCGCAACGUGAGCCGCAGCUGCACGGAUGAAGGCUGGACACAGCUGGAGCCCGGCCCCUACCCCACUGCCUGUGGUUUGGAUGACAAGGCAGCAAGUUUGGAUGAGCAGCAGCAGACCAUGUUCUUCGCUUCUGUGAAGACCGGCUACACCGUCGGCUACAGCCUGUCCCUCGCCACCCUGCUGGUUGCCACGGCGAUCCUGAACCUGUUCAGGAAGCUCCACUGCACGCGGAAUUACAUCCACACGCACCUCUUCGUCUCCUUCAUCCUGAGGGCCGCCGCCGUCUUCAUCAAGGACUUGGCCCUCUUCGACAGCGGCGAGUCGGACCAGUGCUCCGAGGGCUCGGUGGGCUGUAAGGCAGCCAUGGUCUUCUUCCAAUACUGCGUCAUGGCCAACUUCUUCUGGCUGCUGGUGGAGGGACUCUACCUGUACACCCUGCUCGCUGUCUCCUUCUUCUCUGAGCGGAAGUACUUCUGGGGGUACAUACUCAUCGGCUGGGGGGUGCCCAGCACGUUCACCAUGGUGUGGGCCAUCGUCAGGAUCCAUUUUGAGGAUUACGGGUGCUGGGACAUCAUCGAUUCCCCCCUGUGGUGGAUCAUAAAGGGCCCCAUCCUCACCUCCAUCCUGGUGAACUUCAUCCUGUUUAUUUGCAUCAUCCGAAUCCUGCUUCAGAAACUGCGGCCCCCAGAUAUCGGGAAGAGUGGCAGCAGUCCCUACUCGAGGCUGGCCAGGUCCACACUCCUGCUGAUCCCCCUGUUCGGAGUGCACUACAUCAUGUUCGCCUUCUUUCCUGACAAUUUUAAGGCUGAGGUGAAAAUGGUCUUUGAGCUCAUCGUGGGGUCUUUCCAGGGUUUCGUGGUGGCUGUCCUCUACUGCUUCCUCAAUGGUGAGGUGCAGGCGGAGCUGAGGCGGAAGUGGCGGCGCUGGCACCUGCAGGGCGUCCUGGGCUGGAACCCCAAAUACCGGCCCCCGUCGGGAGGCAGCAACAGCGGCACGUGCAGCACGCAGGUCUCCAUGCUGACCCGCGUCAGCCCCGGGGCCCGCCGCUCCUCCAGCUUCCAAGCCGAAGUCUCCCUGGUCUGACCGCCAGGAUCCCGGGGCCCUUCCCACUCACCCCGGCAGAUGCCGGGGACAGAGGCCUACCUGGGCGCGGCCAGCCCCAGCUCUGGGCUCGGAGGCUGCCCCCAGCCCUCUGGUCUCCGGUCCGGACGCUCCUGGAGAGCGCAGCCCUAGUGCCUGCCUGGAGGUUUCUAGCAAGUAAGAGAGGCGGGAGCUCCUCUCCUGGAGGGCUGUAGGUGGGACUCAGCCACGACUCCUCCUCCAAAGCCCUCCACCAAUCACGGGCUAAGGCCUGCACACUUUCAUCCUGACUCCACCCCCUGCAGGUGGGACUCAGCCACCAGACUCCUCCUCCAAAGCCCUCCACCAAUCAAGGGCUAAGGCCUGCACACUUUCAUCCUGACUCCACCCCCUGCAGGUGGGACUCAGCCACCGGACUCCUCCUCUAAAGCCCUCCACCAAUCACGGGCUAAGGCCUGCACACUUUCAUCCUGACUCCGCCCCCUGCGGGUGGGACUCAGCCACCGGACUCCUCCUCCAAAGCCCUCCACCAAUCACGGGCUAAGGCCUGCACACUUUCAUCCUGACUCCGCCCCCUGCUAGCUCCUCUGCCCAAUCGGAGGAAAGCAACCUGCGAUCCUUAGACCACGCUGGUGAGAUCCGAGUGCGAAAGGUUCUGCCCGGGAAGAUGACCGGCGCCAACGCCAGGCAGUGCCCGAAAUUUCACCACUGCUGUCACUCAGGCAUUUCUCCGAAGAUACAGCCCUCUGCCCUGUGGCCUCACGCUUAGCUACCAGCUCAAGGCACGUUAUUCUGGAGUUUUCGAGGAGCACAGCUGUCUUAGUGGUCGCCACCGAGGUGGGGUGGCCCGGGGUCAGUCUGGUGGGGAACGAAGCCAUGCGAGGCCGAGGGGCUCUGAAGCCUCUGGGAAGGGAGGAGGCAGCCACGGGUGAACGCUGGGCCUCGGACGGACUACCUGCUCUCCAGUCUGUCGAGCGGGAUCUUCGCACCACCAGCCUUACCCAUCCCUCUGCGCUGUGGAAGCCACAGGAAUCAAGAGCUGCCCUCCGUGGCCGCCCACCUAUGUGCCCGCGGCUGUAACUAGGCUCGGAGAUGUGUGCCCGUGGGCUCUGACGGCGAGCAGAUGCCUCCCCUGCCACACACGCGGGAUUCGAACUCAGAUCUGGCUGACAGGAAAGGGAAAGCACACUCACUGCUAACUUUUGUAUUUUGUAACCAGCGGAUCAUCUCGGUUAUUUGUUCACUGCUGUUACCCCUGAAUCCCCCUUCCUGCCCCACCCCACCCUCCCUGCAGUGUGGCCGAGGCGGCCUCCAGACCAUGUAUCACCCGGACAGGAGCCUGCCGGCCAUGGCCCCCUCUGCCUGCCCUUCACCCAGUGGCCACUCAACUUCCUACCCACACCUCCGCCAGAGGAUCCCUCAGGGCUGCAACAGGCUGUGCAGCAAUAAAUGUUGGCUUGGACCGGC